AUGACGCAAAGUUCUACAAGAAGAAAUUAUCUAUACUUACUCCCGGUUUCGUUCAUUAGCGGAAUAGUACUAUCUUGGCUAAUCAGAUCUCAUUCGAAUGUGGGAACGCAAAGCAAUAUUGGCCACCAAGAGGUUGCCAUGCACCUCGACAUGAAUAAGUUGGGAUUUGAUAAGGUUACAGAGUGUGUAACCGAAACAUCGUUACCAUUACAAUUUUGCUACGAUGGAUUUAGCCGCUGGUCUGCCCAAGAGGCAGAAAUAAAAUUUAAAGCAGACGUAGCAGAGCAGUACAAAAGCUGUGUUACAAACGUUGGGUUUAUGAUUGAGGACAAUGAAAGCGUGUCUAACCAACGCGUUUUGUCUAGUAUCCACCGUUGCAUUCUUAAUGCCGAAUAUCCUGAAUCUGUAACCACAGGCGGCAAAAAGGUCAAGGACACAAGACCUAAGGUUUUAUUUGGAAAAUUAUUUGGCAAGGUGUACGACUUCUUUAAGUUUAUGUUGAUACUAUCUAUUGUUAUGUUCCAGGUAUACUUGUGCAGUGACAGCAUAUUCCGUAAGGACAAUAGCGAAAAGGAUGAAGCAUCCAAGGUCAACACUAAUAGCGAUCAAUCAUCCAAAGCAGUUGGUCCAGCACCACAAAAAGAGAAGAAGCUAACAGAAAUCCCAAGAAAUAGAAAGGCUCCGUCAAAAACUGACCCGCAGUCCAGACUUAAGGGACCAAACCCGGAAUCUGAAAACUCUGCGCCCGAAGACACUGAUAGUAACGUUCCUAAAGCUUCUCCGGCCAACUCAUCUCCCCAAACGCCUCAGAAGAAUAGCGGUAGUCUAGUAUCCACACAAUGCAAGAACCGCGUUAUCAUCAAUUGCAAGGAAAAGGGUCUAGUCUUCGACAUGACGACAAAGGAAGGAAUACAAAAAUGGCGUGAUUACGUAAACAGAGGAAAGUCUCACACAAUUCCUACUAGGGAAAAGGCGAUGGGACCCACACAGGUGUGUUUGACACCUAUAGCAAAUCAACCCAUUGAUUUUAGCCGCAUUUCACUUUAUGAUCACAAUGGCAAAGCAUUCCGCCGAAUUUUUGUUCCUGGUCUUGGUUGGAUAACCAGAGACAGAUGCAUCCAACUAAUGCAAGAACAGGGUUAUAAGGAAAACCAGGUGCGCGGGUUGGACUAUUAA